CUCCCUCCCACUUUUCAGAAAGUCAAUGAUACUCGUGGCAGUCAUGGCUCCUAAUGUGGACACCAAUGCCAUCCCCGGCACCGUCACCUUGCUGGACCUACAGCAUGUUAUGAGAACGCGCCAUCUCGACAAGGGCGACCAUGACAUCGUGCUGAUUCCCCAGCCUUCAGAAGAUCCAGAUGAUCCUUUGAACUGGUCCCCGCGGCGGAAGCUGUUGUCUACGAUCUGCGUGAAUGUCUACACCUGGUUCGCUGGAAUCGCUACUUCGGUCGUGUAUUCCGUGACUGUGCAACUCUCCGAAGAGACGAACAUGACGAUUACCGAUAUCACGCGCGGAACAGGCUACAUGUUUCUUCUCGCGGGAUGGGGUCUGUUGUUCUGGCAGCCUUUCGCGCAGCAGUAUGGCAAGCGAUUGACUUACAUGCUGUCUCUGCUUGGGUCACUGGCUAUGACGGUUUGGGGACCCUACAACAAGAACAACGGACAGUGGAUUGCCAGGAACAUUAUUCUCGGUUUCUUCGAGGCUCCUAUUGAAGCUCUCCCCGAGACGUCUGUCACGGACGUGUACUUCACGCACGAGCGCGGAAUGUACAUGGGCCUGUACGCAUUCUUCCUAGCAGGAAGCAACUUCUUCGCACCGAUUAUUUGCGGUUUCAUAGCCGAGUAUCAGGGCUGGAAAUGGGUGUUUUACUGGCCGAGUAUCUUCCUCGCCGGCGCAUUUGUCUUCCUCUUCUUUUUCAUGGAGGAGACCAACUACGUCCGGGACAAGCAGCCAACAGCGUCAACGUCAAUAAAGUUGGAUACCGCCGUCAAGACUUCUUCCGCCGACAGCUCUGAUGCCGGCGAACGCGAAAAAGAACCAAGCUUGGACGCAGAUCCCGAUCCGGGAAAGGCAGAGAAGCUCCCACAGAACAUCUCUGCGGAAGAACAGGGAGUUGGGUCGGCAACGGUGUACCGCAAGAAGUCGUAUAUCCAGAAACUGGCAUUGCUGGGCCCGAGACAGCCCCGGAACAACAUGUUUCGAAGAAUGUGGCAGACCGUGUAUUAUCUGAGUUGGCCGGUGAUCUUCUACGCUGGAUUCUCAUAUGGGUCAUAUCUGAUCUGGUUCAAUGUCCUAAACGGGACAUCGUCUGUGAUCCUGGGUUCUCACCCGUAUAACUUUGGCUCAUCAAUGGUCGGCGUAAGCUACGUCGCAUGCCUCUUGGGUGCGUUCAUAGCGUAAGUACAUGACGUGAGCAUCUACAUCUGCCCAUCAUACUCAUGCAUAUAUGCAGAUCCAUCUUCACCGGCCGCUUUAGCGACUGGCUAACCAUCAAACUCGCCCGACGCAAUAACGGAGUCAUGGAAGCCGAGCACCGACUAUGGCCAUUCGCGCUGUGCUUGUUCGUCCUGCCCGCCUCUCUGAUCCUCUGGGGUGUCGGCGCAGCACAUCACGUCCACUGGUUCGGCCUGAUAGUAGCCAUGUUCUUCACGGCAUUGUGCAAUACGACCGGUAUCACGCUGAGCGUCAACUACCUGGUUGACAGUUACCGGGAGUUGAGUGGGGAUGCGAUGGCCACGGUGAUUCUGGUGCGGAAUACUAUGUCCUUUGCUAUCGGUUACGGUAUAACCCCCUGGGUCGACAACAUGGGGUACCAGAACUGUUUCAUUUCGGCUGCGUUCAUCGGCAUGGCAUGCUCGGCCGCGUUCCUCAUCAUGAUUAAAUGGGGCAAGACAUUCCGCAUGCGAAGCCGGGAGACGUACUGGAAGAUUGUCCUGGAGAACUGGGAGAAGGGCAUGGGGCAUUAGCUGGCUGUUUCCCAUCAAUAUGGAUCAUCUAUUAAUUAUAAGCAUAAAUACAUACAGAAAAUAUCACAAAGGGGGGGAAGCAUCUAAUAGAACCCCCAUUUCCUUCCCAAAGCCCUGUUCCCAUCCUCCUCUCUCGCCCGUCCCAACGCCCUAUUCCAUUCCUUCUCCAUUUGCUCCAGAACCCGCUGCGCAUCUUCUUCCAUUCGAUCAUGUCCAUCGGCAUGUAUAUCGAGAUGGCUAUAACCAUCACCAUCGUUGUAAGAACCAACAUCAAUCUCCUCGUCAUCAUAACUCGAAGAAACAGGAGACUCACACCCCCUCAACCCAAUGAACCUCCCAAACCGCCUCCUCUUCACACUAAGAUCGACAGUCGAAUCGAUCCCAACCCACGGCUUGAUAAGCAUCGGAUACCGGUAUGUCUCUGGAAGAGGCGGGUAGAACUGAUGGUAAUGUCUCGCGAGGGAAUCCAAUUGUUCAUCCGUGAGUAAAUGGUACUUGAGCAGGGACGUGGGAAAUUCUGGAUGCGGAAGACCCGUUGUCGUUGAGACGAGGGGAUGUAGAGGCGUCGAGAGAUGGGAGAGUGUUAAGGUGAAGGCGCGGCUGAGACGGUGUUUUUUGGGGAUUACAGCUGUAGCUGUAGUUGUAGUUGUAUCAUCACCCUUUCUGACCCUCGUAUUUCCAGUUCCGGCCCCGGUUUGGUUCUUCGAAGUCGACAUUCUUCUGGCUCUUUUAUUGGAAUAAGACGUCCCUUGCGAUGUCUGCUGUCGUUGGGAUAUUGAUAUUGAUAUCGAUCUUGGCCUCUUAGCACUAGAGGAAACCGAUGAACAGGAUGUCCGUCUCUGUGCAAAAACUGGUGUCUGGGGAGUUGAUGGCGAGGAGGAUGUAUAUUCUCCGUCGGACAUUGCGUUCUAGGUAUCAGAGGGAGAAUAUGUUGGUUCCUUGAGGGAUAGGGAAUUAUUGCAUGUUGUGAAUGAUGGUGGG